AUGGCUGAAAAUAUUUCAACUGAUGAGGUAGUGAUCCUGGGUGAUGAAAGUAUUAACUCAAAUGUUAUGUGUCAAACACAAUCUGUUCAGCCAAAGGUUGCAAAAGAAAGAAAGAAAAGGUCUCGAGCAUGGGAUAAUUUUGGAACAUUUGCUGAUGAAGAAGGAAAUAAGAAAGCAAAGUGUAAGCAUUGUGGCCAAGAUUAUUUUGCUGAUUCAGUUAAAAAUGGUACAAAGGCAAUGCUUACUCAUAUGUUAACAUGUAAAAAGAUGCCCAAAGUUGUUGACAAAAGUCAAACUCAAAUAGGCUUUCAAUCUGUUCAAGGAGGGAAUACAUGUGAUGUGGUUGUUGUUUCCUGGAAAUUUGAGCAAGAACAAUGUAGGAGAGCUUUAUGCCGCAUGGUAAUUGUGGAUGAACUACCAUUCAAGUUUGUCGAGAAGGAAGGUUUUAGAAACUUUAUGAAAGUAGCGCAACAUCAUUUCAAGAUUCCUUCUCGUACCACUGUGACACGUGAUUGA